AUGAUUCAAUAACAAUUGUCAAAAAUCUAUAAUUUAAUUGCAAUUCUAGAAUUUACAGAAAUUUUAAUUUGGAUUAAUUCCUAAUAAUUAAAUAAAAUUAAAACAACGUAGGGGAGGAUUGCCAAUGUGAGACAACUUAGAUCAUUUAGAAUUCUUAAAGAUUUUUUUAUUGACUUUCUAUAUUAAAACUAUUAUUGGAAUCAAAUAUUGUAGAUUUUUGGUAAUCCAUUUCACAAAUUUAUUAGAGGUUAAAUAAGAGAAAUUUAGUAAUUAAUACAAAAAAUUUAUAGCAAAAAUUAUCGAAUAAUGGGGAAUGCUUGUAGAUGCAAUUAACACUCAGAUAUCAUUAACGAGGAGCAAGAAUCUAAUAAUCCAGAGGUAUAUCAAGCUAAAACUGAAAAACCGGAGGAUGAUAAAUGCGAUUAGUAGCAAUAGCUUUCAAAAUGGCGAAACAUUUAAGAAGAUGAUAACCUACCACUUCCAGAGUUUAGGGAAGAAGUAGCAAAAUCUAAUAAUGGAAGUCGAAUUCAAUUGCCUCCUGUAACGAUGAAAUCAGGGAAUAUUUAUGAGGGAGAAUGGCUGAAUUAGUAAAAAGAUGGCAAAGGGAAGUUCACUUGGAAGGAUGGCAGUUAUUUUGAAGGAGAUUUUGUAUAGGAUAAAGCAAUGGGAAUAGGAAAAUUAGUGCAUGUCAAUGGGGAUUCCUACGAAGGAGAAUGGAAGAACGAUAUGGCUCAUGGCCACGGAGUUUUCAAUCAUUUUAGAGGAGUUAAAUAUGCAGGCUAAUGGAAAUACGAUCUUUAGGAUGGAGAAGGACAAGAAACAUGGCCUGAUGGUACUGAAUAUAAGGGAACUUACAAAGAGGGGAAGAGGCAUGGACAAGGACAUAUGCAAUUUUAGGAUGGUUCUAAGUAUGAAGGAAACUUUGAGAAUAACGAAAUCUGUGGAUUAGGUUGCUACACUUGGAAAGAUGGUAAACAAUACAAGGGAUAAUGGUUGAAUAAUAAAAUGCAUGGUCAGGGAGAAUGUAUAUGGAAGGAUGGAAAAAGUUAUAAGGGAGAAUAUGCAGAUGAUAAAAAGAAUGGGUACGGAGUAUUCACUUGGGCCAGUGGAAAAAGAUAUGAGGGAUGUUGGCAGGAUGGCAAAUAGCAUGGAGAGGGAAUUAUAAUUAAUGCUGAGGGAGUUCGAAGAGAAGGAUUAUGGGAAUAUGGAAAACCAAAGAAUUUAGAUUGAUUUAUUUGUAUCUAUGGCACUGUUAAAAUUG